UCAAAAUCAAAACAUAACCUCUGCAAUUUGCACGCCUUCGCCUUGUGAACUGUAUUCGUUUCAACAUUAUUUUUCGAUAAUUCAUGCGUCCAUUCCUAUCGAAUGCAUUUUCCCACUAAAAGCUAAAUCAUUAUACCUAAUUUUUCAUUUCAUUUAAGUCACCUCGCCCUUCGGAACUUGUUCCAUCUACCUCAUCAUUAGUGAUCGUCAUAACAGUGCCGGAGGAUACAAUCUUAUUCAUUUGAAACAUGGCAGAAAGUGAACAAAAGGAUGAAGAGAUGACGGAGGCCUCACAACCAGCUCCUGCAAGAGCCUCACCGCUCAAACAACCUAUUUGCAUGAUUGUAUUAGGCAUGGCCGGUUCUGGAAAAACCACCUUUGUGAAACAAGUUACCAAUUUCUUGUACACCAAAAAACCUGCACCAUACGUCAUUAACCUUGACCCAGCUUGUAGAGAGGUACCAUACCUAGCCAAUAUUGAUAUUCGAGAUACUGUUAACUACAAGGAGGUAAUGAAACAGUAUCAGCUUGGUCCAAAUGGCGCCAUAGUUACAUCUCUAAACCUAUUCUCCACCAAAUUUCCUCAAUUAAUUUCUUUGUUGGAAAAAGCGCAUGAGAAACAUGAGUUCGCGAUAAUUGAUACUCCAGGUCAAAUAGAAGUUUUCACAUGGUCUGCCUCUGGGAGCAUCAUUACUGAAGCCCUAGCGUCAACAUUUCCAACAGUAGUUGUUUACGUAAUGGAUAUAGUCCGAAGUACUAAGCCAGUCACAUUUAUGUCGAAUAUGCUCUAUGCUUGUUCAAUAUUGUAUAAAACCAAACUUCCGUUUAUCAUCGUUAUGAAUAAGACUGACGUUGUUGAUGCCAGCUAUGCUGUAGAGUGGAUGACUGAUUUUGAAGCAUUCCAAGAUGCACUGGAAAGUGACCAAUCGUACAUCUCAAAUUUGACACGGUCCAUGAGUUUAACUCUAGACGAAUUUUACAGGGAUCUCAAACAUGUUGCAGUUUCAUCGCUUACAGGCCAAGGUUUAGGUGAUUUUUUCACAUUGGUUGAUCAAGCUGCUGAAGAAUUUGAAAAUGAUUAUAGGGUUGAGUGGCAAAAAAUCCGGGAAGAAAAGGAGAAAGAACUGAAAGAGGAGAAGGAACAAAAGCUGAAAGAAGUAUUGAAAGAGGGUGGAGAGGGUGAAGCAGUGUCUCUUGUCACUGCAAUGAGCGCUGGCCGAGAAAUCAAGGAUAUCUACCUCAAGCACCCAGCCAAUGAGAGCUCAGAAGAUAGUGAGGGAGAGGAAAAUCCUCCCAUUAACAACUUCAUCGAUGAUGACGAUCCAGAUGAUGUAGAGUCAUUCAAGAAUUUUGUGAAACAGCAUGUCAAACUAGCCGGUGAUAAACAAACGCAAGCAUCAGAUCAACCCUCCUCAUCAACCAGUUAAUAUUUUUGACCUCACUUAUCUUCUAUUUCUUUCACUUUGCCUCCAGUGCGUACACCACAAAUUUCGUUGGAAAACCUUUGCAACAUCAGAACCUUAGUGUAGAACCUCAGUUCGGUCACACAGAAGGCUUGCGGUAAAUUAUCACAAAUUAUCGGAGGAUUGCAUUGUAACGCAGUAAUUUCCUCAGAUGUAAUCGAUUAACUGAAAACAGUAUAAGUGCAGUAAUCAAAGCAGAUCAGGGAAAAUACUCAAAUUUUGGGAACAUGUAUUGUUCCUUUAAAUCUGUAUAGGGCUGGGCAAAUAUUCGCUUUGUCUGACCUACUCGCAAUUGCGAACAGUGAAUAUUCAAACCAACAUUUUCAAAUAUUCUCGCCGUCUGGAAUAACGAAUUUUUAGAUGUUCACGCCAUCAAUAAUAACGAAUUUUCGAGUGGCGAUCGUAAAACGUUGCGAGGACCUGCGCAAGACUUCCAACUAAGACAUCGCAAACACAUUCUUAACAGCCUAGGCUACUAUCAUAGCAUUUCAUUGUUUUCUGUGCUGGUGUAUGAGCAAGUAGAAAAUUCUAAUAAAAAUUAAUCACACCUACUUGUCGACUUUGGUAAUAUUUGCGAAUUUCCGCCUUUAAAAAAAGUAAUUUUAAAUGAUUUGUUUUACUACUCGCAGUUGUGAAUAAUUGACUUUAAUUAUUCGUUGUUCGCGAAUAAUGGGCAAAAUUAUUCGCUAUUUGCUUUGUUUGAAAAAUUCGCUAUUCGCACAGCCCUAUAUCUGUAUGAAGUAGCAGGGGGCUCAUACCACUCUGUUCUCUAGAUAACAUGUAAAGUUUGUUAAUACUUUGAAAAUUUAAUAUUCAAACAGAAUUUCGGAGCUCCUACGCAGUAUUCAUUCUUGUAAGUUACUAUUAAUGUUGAAUGGUUCAUGUUUGUGUCAAGUGUAUCAAAUGUUCCUUUUUUACCUAAUAUAACAUAUUUUUUCAUGAA